AUGGAGUGCUGCCGACCGACGAGAAAGAUGACUUCAACAUAUUGGUAUCCUUCCAAGCAGAGUGUAAGAACAGGAUUUAUUGGAUCUCGGUCUUUUUACUAGAUGGACGAUCUUCAUUUCCGAUGUUCCAGGGUUUUUCUUUUGAAACAAAAGACAUGGCCCAGUGUAUUUAUCAGGGAAUCACUGCGGAGGAUUACUCGAGGCGAGAGUUAUCUCUCCAAUUCCAAAUAUUCCAACCUUCCAAUGGUAAUUCACCGAAGGAGUACAAGACGUCAAUCAUACAGCGCUUCCCAGCUUGUACUCUGUCAAAUCCCGAGGUUCAACAAGUAAUAUGGCUGGAUUCUCUCGAUGAAACUAGUCGAAUUAUUCUAAAAUUUUUCUAUAAUGGAGAUAUGAAUUCUGCGUUAAUUUUGAAUCGCCUAGACAAUUCUGAGUCGGUUCGGAAUGAGUGCUGCAUUUGCUUGAGCCUAUCCGACGGGUUUCUGCAAAAUGAUGACAUUGUUAUUCAAGGCGAGCUGUGGUAUGACCAUGGUGAAAUUCUGGACGUAGGUUCCUUUGGUUUCAAUUUAAAUCUUUUCAGGAUGGAAAUAUAACACGACACAACCAAUACAUUGAGACCUCUAAACAGUUCCGGACCCUGAUUUUGUCCAAUGUGAGAUACGAAGAAAGCAUCGUGAUCAGACUGCCUGUUAGCGACACCAGGGAUGUGCAUCUUCGCCUAACUCUUUAUGAUGUCCAUGACAAUAUUGCUGGUGUUUCCUACUUAAAGAUCAUCAACGAUGGAGUCUUAUUAACCGAUGGAAGAUACGAUCUGAACGUCUAUAAUGCUGAAUCGCCGAAUGAAAUCAAAUCACAUUCGUAUCUCGGUAUACCAUCAUUGCGAAGGAACCUGGAUGUGACAACGAUAUACCCUGAUUACAACCUUCUGAGCAAUGGAUAUAUCAGUUGUUGUGCUUGCUCCAUGUCCUCGUAUCUGUCGCAGAACAAGGUCCUAAUGCAAUUUCUGAGAGCCAACGACGAAAAUGAACUUAACGGAGUGAUCCCAACUCUUUGUGGAGCGAACCCGUUCGAUUUCAAAUAUCUUAUGCCUCAGGUCAUGGAUAAAUGUUUCUUUCUUCUGCGAGGCCCUCCGGUAAUAUCACAAAUGGCCUGUGAUUUCCUUACAUGCAUUUUCCACUGGCACGACAGCGAACUCUAUAGACACAUUACAGAUGCCGUGAAUGAAUGUCUUUCCACGUUCAGACAUCCCUCGGUCGACUCUGUUCUCAUGACUUAUCUCAAGACCAAGUUUCAGACAUUUAAUGCCAAUCCGGAUGGAGCUCAUGUGAAGUUGGACCUAAUAAAAGUGACUGGAUGUCUGCCCAAGUUAAUCGAAUUUAUGAUUGCAGCCCGAGUCUGUAAUGGGUCCGAUGUUCAAUCGUUGGCGACUGACUUUGAAGUUGUUAUGAAGUUAUCCUUGGCCUCAAUCAAAGUGGAUAAAGAUAUUGGAAGACAUAUUCCGGAACUUGCCAAGAUGAUCGAUCCUUUGCUCGAGGCUGGUUUAUUCGACGUAAGCAUUAUGUCCGAAUAUGUGACAAAGAUUCUGGAAACAGUGCCGGAGGCCAGGGUGGUCGCCAAGGUUGGAUUUAUUGGGAAUAUCCUAAAAAGCAAGCUCUUUCACUUGGAGUGCCGUAUGGAAAUAAUGGAGAAGAUCAUCGCCUACAUGUUUAAUGUCAUCACCCUGGCAGUCUCUCAGCCCAGGAAUUCGGAGUUGAUGAGAUUGUUAUUCUCGGCUUUAUUUGAUCUGAUCGAAUUGAUAAAACGGUGUGAAGACGGUAAACGGCCGAUCCAAAGUUUAUUCAUUCAUCGAUGUUUUCAUCCUCUGGUCAGGUUAUUCUUGGAGAUGUCAAGGUCUGGAAUAGACCGAAAUAGUUCAAUUUUAUUAAUAUCCUUGUGCGAUAUGUGCAACGCUGAGUUGUGGUUAAGCUACAGUAGUGCCGUUGAUAACUUUCGUAUUGUUUUUGAAGACUUGGUAAAGGUAUUUACCACCCUGAGCAACGAAAGUAGUAUUCCGGCAUCAUGGGAAACCCUUUCGUUGAGGAUAAACAUGGUCAUCAUCUCUUCACUUAACGCUUGUUUAGCAAUCAUGGCCUUGAAAGGGGAACACAUCACCGAUUAUUCGGUUCUUAAUGUGUUAAAGCAUAUAAACCAUAAUUUGAUGACAAAGAAGUCCACCAUUAAUGUAUAUACCCAUCGGUUUGCCGAAGUUAUAAGGAAGUUAUGGAAAAUGAUGUGCAAUAAUGGCCAAAUUGCAGAGUUCAUCGAGUUUUUAUUAUCUUUAGUGAAGUUAUCAGACUGUUUCUUCAGAGGGUUUUUGAUCCGGAUUAUGACCUCGGCUCAAACUAGUAUGAGAAUGGACGAAAUAAUAACGUAAGUUUAUAAUCGUGUAUAGAUUUUGUUAUAGGAAGUACUGGGAAAUGUCCUCUGUUACUCCUCAACAUGCUCGUUUCUGGGAAGAAUAUCAAAACGUCCUUUAUUUUAUAUCCGAGCGAUCAGAUAGCCAUGUGGAAUGUAUUCCUCUCAUCGUCCACGGCUUGUCCACCUUCUUGUCCUGCAGAACAAAGGAGGAGUGCCAGAUUUACAGCAUGAUCUCUUUGGUGCAAUUAAUACGGCUAUCCAAAAGAGCAAAUCUUGGGGAAAACUGGCUCAAGUCCAUCUACCAUUUACAUCAAUUGUACAUUAAUCAAGAAAAAUAUGUGGAAGCAGGGAAGCUGCUGAUCUUGGCCGCUGAUGAAUUCAGUUGGACCGACACUCCUCUUAGCGAAGCCAGAGAGAUCAUUGCGUCUAUUCUUGAUGUGACAGUACAUUCCGAGAGGGAAUUAAAGCAAUUACUUCAUCAAAAAGCGGCUGAUUACUUUGAGAAAGAUCAGCUUUGGGAACUAGCAAUCGACACGCGCAAACAAUUAAUUCAAAUUUACGAAAACGUUUCUUUUGAAUACGACAAGAUCCCAGAUUUAAUGACUAAAAUGGGUGACCUCUACAGAAGUAUCAGCACUGAACAGAGAAUGGAACAUCAUUUCUUUUUAGUUGGAUUCUAUGGAGAUGAACAACCGCAGUCUAUUCGAAACAAACAUUUCGUUUUCCGAGGUCAGAAACUGGAGUUGUGGGACCAAUUUAAGAAUCGAAUUUUACAUGAGAUCGGAGGAUGUUUCCUGGAUAUUAUGAAUAAAAUCGACGGAGACUUUAUUCUUCACCCUUCUAGGAUGGCUGGAAGACAUAUAUCGGUAAGAAUGUGACUAAUACAUUUAGUGUUAACUUAAGAUAGUGCCAGUGGUCCAAAUAAUUUCUUCCCCAAAAUACUCUCAACUAUCCACCAAGAACCCCCUCUUGUCAUGGUAUUACAAACACAAUAAUGUAUCCGUAUUCGAAUUGCAUCGUCCUUUCAAAUUAACAGACUCUAGUUACACGAAGCAUGAGGUCUCAGAGAGCAACACCAUCUGGAUUAAGCGUUACAAUUUCUCCAUUUUCUCCGAACUACCCGGAUUUACACCAUUCGACCAGUUGUCAACGUUUACUAAGUUGAAUCCCCUAAACCCACUGCAGGUAGGAGCAUUAUUUAUAGCAAAGAACUGCUAAUUAAGGUUGCCUUAUACAAUCUGCAAGCCGCUAACGAAAAACUACAGUAUUAUUCAUUGAUGUACAAACAUGGAUUCAAAGAAUUCGAAAUGGCUUUGAGUGGACAGAUACGAGGAAUUCUUCAGGCAGAUGUGGGCGGUGGAAUACACAACUACAUGGUAAAAAAUCCCAUUUUUUUUGAUACGUGCUGUGACUAUUCUGAAAUCGUCGGCUCUGCGACGAUGGCAAUUCCUGAACCAGAAAAAUAUGUCCAUUCGAGAAAUGAAAAAGAGUCGUGACCGGGGUCAAGGAGGUUGCCUAAAAUUACCCGAAAAUGGUCUCAAUGCUUGACUAUGAUGGUCAAGACACUUUCAUUAGGUCAGGUCGUCACCAAGCUCAUGAGUUAGGUCGCGAGUUACGAAAUUUAAUUCUUCAAAACUUUGAGAUGGCACAGAUACUCCGUCAAAAGUUUCAAAAUAUCAGUCUGUCGGGAAAAUAACGCCGGACCGUCGCGCCUUGGAAUCGCACAUCAUCGCUUUGCGAUGGCAAGCCGCGGCUGCGACGAAGCGAGAUAUUUUGCUGUGACGACCCGCCGUUAUUUUCCCGACACUGAUAGGAAUGGUAGAUUUCGAUAAAAUUUGAUUUACUUUUUCUUGAAAAGAAACCGGCAUGUGGCAGGCUAAUAAAUCCCCGUUUCAGAAAUUGCUCGAGUCCCCAGAAGUUUGUAAAGAGAAUCGAGAAGAUAUAAGCAAACUUUUAAACUGUGUCCGUUCCCAUAUUUCGAUCCUCGAAGGAUCUCUUGAGAUAUCUCAAGAAGGGAAUCCAGAUUCUGACCUCAUCAAAUUCAUGGCUUCCAAUUUCAAGACUUAUAAAAUACAUGUGGAGGAGCAGAUCAACAACCACUGGCAAGACUGCCAUCCCAAGGAAGGUCCGCCGUUACCCCCUAGAAAGAGCAAACUACAUUCUUCUAUAACAUGUAUUCCCAAAUAA